AUGUCGUCCGCUCGAAUGCUCGGUCUGGGUUCCGUGCUGAGGCAGGCUGCUCUCAAGCCGAGGGGUUGGAUAUACGCAGCCAAUGCCUUGCGGAUGGUGGUACCCAAGCGCGGCAUCAAGACGCAGUCCCUCCCACCCUCAUCCAUGACUGAGAUCCUCAACACUCAACGCCUGAAGCGCCCUUCCAGCCCCCACUUCACCAUCUACCAGCCCCAGCUUACUUGGCUUGGCUCGAUCGCCAACCGUAUGACUGGUUCUGCUCUGAGCGUCCUUCUGUACGGAUACGCUCUCGCAUACCUCGUCGCCCCUGGAACAUUCGACUCCGCGCACGUCAUCGAGUUCGUCGCUGGUCUUCCCGACGCCGUCAAGUAUACCGGUAAGGCUAUCUUGGCUGCGCCCUUCGCUUUCCACUCGUGGAACGGUCUGCGGCACUUGUCCUGGGACGCUGGUAAAUUCCUCAGCCUCAAGGGAGCGUAUCAGUCUGGAUAUGCCGUGCUCGGCGCCACUGCUGUCACGACGGUCGCUCUCGUCCUCAUGUGA